UUGUUGGAAGAGAUGAUGAUGGGCCUAGGACUCCUAUUAUUGGUCUUCAUGAUGGGUCUGGAUCUGACUCUGCCUACCCUGGCUCAGAAUAACCACAGGUACAAACAGUCUACCCAGCACUAUGAUGCCAGACCAAGUGGCCGGGAUAAGAAAUACUGCGAAAGCAUGAUGAUGAGACGAGGCCUAACUACACCCUGCAAAGAUCGCAACACCUUUAUUCAUAGCACCAUAAACAAGAUCAAGGCCGUCUGUGAAGAUAAGAAUGGGACACCUUACAAUGGAGCAUUCAGAAAAAGCAAGUCUCCCUUCCAGGUCACCAUUUGCAGGCAUGCAGGAGGGUCCCCCUGGCCUCCCUGCUACUACAAAGCCACAGCAGGGUCCAGAGACAUUGUUAUUGCCUGUGAAAAUGGCUUGCCUGUCCACUUUGAUGAGUCCUUCUACCGACAAUAACCAGCAGGCCACUGGCCCAGAGUUGGCUCUACACUCUUUUCCUCGCACUUCCUUCUGCAAAUUCCAGAAAAGUGGAUCUUUUGUUUUCUGUUUUACAAUAUGUUUAAUAAAUAAA